AUGUGCGGACAAAGUGCGACUGAAUCUCUUGCACCUUGGUUAGUUUGCGAAUAUGAUAUAGAUGUUUAUGCUAUAGGAUUUCAGGAAUUAGAUUUAAGUCCUGAAGCGUAUAUAUUGAGUGAUAGUACAAGAGAGGAGGAUUGGUGCAGGGCUGUGACACAAGGGUUAGGUGAUAAAGCUGAAGAUUAUUGGAAGAUAACAUCAAAACAAUUGGUUGGUAUAUUAUUGGUCGUUAUAGCGAAGAAAAAGUAUAUUCCUUACAUUAAAGAAAUCAGAACAGAUUGUGCUGGAGUAGGGUUAAUGGGCAUGAUGGGAAAUAAAGGAGGAAGAAGAAAUCAAGAUUAUAUGGAAAUAUGCAGACGUACAACCUUCCCAAUAAAUGCAAAUGAAGGAUACUCAUCAUUAUAUGGUUGGGUUGGUGAUUAUAUACCACCGUCUGCCAAAUAUGCAGUUUCAGCUGUAGCCGGUGGAAUGAGUGGAAUGGUUGAUUUAAAUUAUAGAAUUGCUAAAUUGCCAGAAUAUGAAGUAAAAAAUUGUUUAGAAAAUGACGAGAUUGAUCUUUUACUAAAUUUUGAUCAGCUUACUACUCAACGAAGAAAUAAAUCGGCAUUUCAUGAAUUUGAAGAAGGGAAAAUCACGUUUCUACCCACUUAUAAAUAUGAUUUUGGAACAAAUGAUUGGGAUACAAGUGAAAAGAAAAGAUCACCUGCAUGGACAGAUAGAAUAUUAUGGAGAAGCAAAGAUCAAUCGGAUUGUAAACAGUUAGCAUAUCGUAGUCAUAUGGAAAUAACGUUAAGUGAUCAUAAACCUGUCAGUUCAAUAUUUGAAUUAAAGCUUCAUGUAAACAUAAUAGAAGAAGAAGAAGGUUUUAAUGAUCGUGAUGAUGGCCAUAAUGUUAUUAUUGAAAAAGAGUCAUACCAAAUAGAAGAUAACGAUGAGUGCGAUACAUUGUGA